AUGACACACAGUAAAGGUAUAGUGGUCUUCUCAGGUGGAAGCGCCGCGAACAGCCUCGUCGACGUCUUCGAAGCAGUGCGUGAGAAUAAAGCAUGCCCCCUCAGCUAUAUCAUCCCUAUCAGCGAUAACGGCGGCUCCUCUUCAGAACUCAUCAGAGUGUUUGGUGGCCCAGGAAUUGGUGAUGUGCGAAGUCGCCUAGUCAGACUCAUACCAACGGAUCCUUCCUCUCCUGAGCGCCUAGCCAUCUCACAGCUCUUCAACCAUCGCCUGUCAUCUACGUCUUCAGUAGAUGCUGCGGCCGAGUGGCAACUGAUUGUUUCUGGAGCGGCUGAUCUAUGGCAUGGAAUACCUUCAGCCAAGAAGGAACUCAUUCGAUCAUUCUUCAACCUCUUGAAUCUUGAGAUCCUGAAACGUUCAAGGCCUUCCUCACCAUUUGACUUCACCUCAGCGAGCGUGGGUAACCUCUUCCUGACCGGCGCGAGACUAUUCAGUGGUAGUUUCGAGUCGGCCAUAUACCUGCUUAGCAGCAUCUGUGCCAUACCGGAAGAAGUGCAUGUCAUACCUAGCAUCAACUCUAACUUCUCCCACCAUAUCGCCGCAGGCUUGGUCAAUGGAGACGUCAUUGUUGGCCAGAAUAACAUUUCUCAUCCUGCAGCUGCCACUUCCCUGGCGAUGCCGAUAAUUGGCGAUGGGCCCCCAAUCCCGGCCAGGACACAUCACAGCGUUGAUCACAGCGAGGAUAUUGAAGAUGCAAACAUCCCAGGCACACUUCCAACAUUGCGUCAGAAGAACAUCAACUUCAGCAAGGACGAGGAUGAAGAUCUCCCCGCUCGCAUUGAGCGCAUAUGGUAUAUUAACCCCUACGGACAAGAAAUGCUUCCACCAGCCAAUCCACGAGUUUUCUCAGCGGUCAAGCACGCGCAAGCGAUUGUCUAUUCCAUAGGGUCGCUCUAUACUUCUGUUGUACCAUCCAUCGUCCUCCGAGGCGUAGGCGAAGCAUUGCACUCCAGCCCCGCUCGACAGAAGAUCCUCAUUCUAAACGGCUCGCUAGACCGGGAGACCGGUCCAAGCUCCGACCCCUUUUCUGCCUUUGACUUCGUGGAAGCAAUUGCUCGGGCAUGCGAACAAUCUCGGGGAAAUCCUUGGAGGCCAGAACUUCGAAAGUCAUGCUCUGACGACAACUUGAAGACCUCGAGGGCAACUUUGUCCGCCGGUGUUCAUGGCAACUUACUGGUGCCAGGUAGCUCAUUUAAGAUGACGCAGAGAGCCGAACGGAACUCGAUAUAUCGGCAGUAUGUCACUCAUGUUAUACAUCUCAACGGCGAGGGAACUCCGAAGGUCGACAAAGAGCGCCUCGCAGCUGUGGGCAUCGAUUGCCUUAAAUUAUAUGGUCGGAAAAGCGCCAAAGGCGUCAUGCUGUACGAUGCUCAGGCCCUCAUUGGAGCACUGGAAGCGAUACUCGGAAGGAAAGGCGACGGAAUGCUUCUGAGCAGGAGCCGAAGGAACACGAUGGAAGCUUGA